GAGGCUCUCCUAACAUUGCUUCUCAGAAAAGUCAUCAGUGAGAAAAGUACAGGAAGAAGAGCAGGGGAAACUAAACGGAAAAAAAGCAGAAACAAAUCUUUUGUCAACAUGCCUUCUUCUCAAAGAUUGCGAUCAUUCAAACAGCCUAUUUACAGUGUACGUUCCUUACUUGGUACAAGGAUUUUUUAUCCACCAAGUCAGUCAAUCUUCGCGGGAAACCAAGGGAAAAAGAGUUUGAUACUGACCAAGAAUAAUCCAAGAUAUUUGCAUUCCCUAUCUGUGAAUGUAAAGUUCAAUGACAGAAUAUUUUAUUUGGAAAGACCAAAAAGCACACUGUGCAAUAAACAAUUUUCAACUACUUAUCCUAAUUUAGAUACUGAACCAAAACAAACUGAUAGGGAAGAGAAGCUUGGAACUGAAAAUGACGGUUCUCUUGAUGAUAAACCAUUAACGCAGAGGCAAAAGCUGUCGCGCACAUUUGCUGCAUAUGGGACAGCAGCCCUGGUUUUUCAUACAACUAUAAGUUUGUCUUCACUGGGAACAUGCUACAUGAUAGUUAGCAGUGGUGUUGAUAUGGUUGCAUUGUUAGAAAAAGUUGGCAUUGCAUCCAAAGCAGGUUUGCAGUCAACUCUGGCAAGUGGAGCCAGUACCUUUGUUAUUGCCUAUGCAUGUCACAAAGUUUUCAUGCCUCUGCGCAUCUUUUUGACUGUUACUUGCACUCCAAUCAUUGUGCGAAAGCUCAGGAACAUUGGGCUGCUGAGAGCAAAAGCAAAGGAAACUUAGAUUUUAAUGAGUUUAUAUUUUUUAAUUAAUUUAGUGAUGUACUUGAUAAGAAAGCAAACAUUAAAGAAUUUUUUCCGGCCAUAUUCAUGUCUAGAUUCUUUACACAGUAGCUGAUUGGUUCCAAUAGUUAUUUAUCAUUGACGUAGCCAGUGCAAAACAUUUUUUAAUGCAGCACAGUAUUUUCAGUAUAUUUAAUGUGAUCCUGAAAUUACUUGAAUAAGAGUCGAGGGUUGCUCUGAGGUUGCAUUCUCCAGACAAUGCUGGUGAAAUCCCGUUGCCACAAAAGAUAUUUGUUAUGACAACAUAGAAUUGCUUUUCUUUUUUUCUUUCACCCCUCUGAAACCUGACAAGGUUAGUUUCAGAACGUUAUAUACAUGUGAAAAUUAUUUGAUAUGCAUAUGUACUAGGUAUAUCAGCAUUUAUGAUGACAUUAUGGCAAUAUUUUUUGUCAUCAUAAGUGUGUCAUUUUACAUCAUCAGCUAAACAUUUGUAAAAUAAAGUGUCUUCUUCUGCAAACAAAUAAAUAGUUUGUAAUGGAAAGUUAAAUUUGAAAUAAGUUGUAGCUUCUCUUUCUCUUUUGUGAACUAUUAUUGUAACUGACAGGCACAAACAUGCAGAGCCCCUUCUUGUAAAAGAGGACUGCCUUAGUUUCUAAAUUUAUUUCUGUUGUUGUUUAUAUUCAUAAUUAGCAAUGUAGCAGUACCUUUUGUGUAUGCCAUUUUGUGAAGUAAAUCUGGCCAUACAGUA